AGAAAAAUCGAAUUUCCAUGCCGGCAGUCGAGGCUGAGGCGGCGUGGCGCGAACACCGCGCCGACAGCGCGCGCGCCCCUGCACUCACGCGCCCGCGGCACACUCGCACGCUGCACUCCGGACAACUCCUCGUUAUAUAGUACACGUUCGCGUUGUUGUCGGUGUACCAUGUGCUACAGUGCAGUGUUAUCGAGUGCUGUGAACAAAGUGGGCCGGCCAUGAAACUGCGACACCGAGUGGGCACUAGCGACCGAUGGCAGGUGUCGAAGCACCAGAGACUGCGGCUCGACGUGCGAAACGAGACAUGAGCGAACAUGAGUGACCUCAAGUGCGACUAACUCAACUAAACAACACUAAAAACGCCAAAUUGCGCUUGCUUCCAUUACGUAUUCUCUUCUCACAUAUCGUAAUAUAAGAUCGACCACUUUAUUAUAAUUAAAUUAGGUUUAACUUAAACAUAGUUUCGCGCCUUUCUUGUGCCUAUCUCAAUCCAAUUCUAAAGCAUUCUAAAGUGAGAUUAAUUGAAAGUAAUUAAUUCUGUGAUUGGACAAACGUAAGAGUGAUAUUGACGUUUGAUGUGUAAAUAGUCUUUAUAUCUCUUUAAUACGCUAGUUAGGGGUAGAGUAGACUUGCUAGAGUAGACCUUCGAGUUAAACAAAAGUGUCGAUCCGCGGUAACUUUGUCGAAGUGCGUGGUAAGACGUGAGUGAGUGUGCGUUGUGGAUAGCCACGAAGCCACCAGGGGCCCCUGGUUGAGUUUUGUGCCAGCGCUCACCAACGGCCACAAACCUGGCAAGUAUGCAGGCAGCUCUUAUGCUAAGAAGCAAAUCGCGGGAGAGAAGAAAACAGCGUUUAAAGAGAGGGAUUAAACACGACUUGCCGAGCAACGUGGCGACCAAGUUGAUCGCUCCCUUCCCGAGAUACCCUCCGGCUUCAUGGUGCGCAGCAGGGCGCGCGGCGUGGGCGGAGGCGGCGGCGCUCUCGGUGGGAGGGGGGUGCGCGGGCGCGGGCGGCGCGGCGCGGCGCUGUUCAGUGCUCGGCGACCACCCAGGCGCGAGGAAAGGCCAGACCGGGAAAUGGCACAGGAACAACCGGGUGCGAGACGCUUCGUACGGUUCGUCGUCGGAAUCCGACGGCGAGGCGGACGGAGUGGCCGGCGACACGUGGGGUGUCGCGCGUCUGUUAUACGCGGGGCUCGGCACUCUCGCGCUUGGCCUGGUCGUGUACUUCGUCGGCACCGGCGACAAGGUACGCGGUUUCAAAACACCUGCCCUGCGUCUGGUGGGUCCGUCGCUCAUCGUCGCAGGGCUCGCCUGCUGUCUGCUGCGUAUUCUCUUCUGCAUAUUUGCGAAGCCUUGCUGUCGACGGCGAACCAUCUACAAGGAGAACAGAAGACUGUCUGGAUGCGGGGAGGGCGAGGAGAUGCCGCUGGCGGGGAGCGCGGGGGGCGGCGGGGGCGGGAGCGGCGGCGCGCGCGCCGGGCCGGCGCAGUGCUCGCCCGCGCGCCGCCUCGACGCCUCCUCCUGCGACGUGUCCUCGCUGUCCAGCGGCGAGGAGGACGAGCGCCUGCGCCGGUACCGCACCGCCUCGCUGCACCCGCCGCCUCUACAUCAGGUCACGGCGCACCAAGGCACAAGCUCGCCAAAUGGGCUGCAUCAGAGCGGCUCCAACCAGAGUGCGUUGCAGCGGAGCGGCUCGCAGCACAGCCCGGUGGCGGCGCUGGGCGUGGCGGCGCAGAGCGUGCCGACGUCGCCGGGGCCCAGCACGCAGGGCCCCGCGGCCGCCGGCAGUCCGAGCCCCGGGGCUCAGGCCGCCUCGCUGCCGCCGAGCGCGAUGGCGAGUGCCCCGGCCCGCAGGCCGCCCCCGCGCAACGUGUCCUUCGCCGGCGGACCCGACGGCGAACUUGUGCUUAGCCCCGCACAACUGCGCUCCUAACCCACAAGCAAUAAAGGUUUUCGCAAUACCCCCUUUUAUACCAAAAUACUCUUUGGACGAUGUGACUAUAUCGACGCGAACCGCUAUGGAUAUCGGUUAUGUGAUAGCGUGAGACUCUUGACAGUUUUAAAGUUUUUAAGUGAAUUUUCUAUUUGAUAAGCUACGAGGUCGUUGAUUUAUUUGCACGUUUGGAUAUAUUCUCGCAAACUCCUAUCGAUACUCGUAACUAACUUUAAGUAUAAUUUGCUAGUACUAACUUUAAUGUUUUGGGAAUGCCUACAUUCGUGUACGUGACGUGCAACAAAUUAAAGUUCUGAAACAAGGGGCCUGCUGUGUUGCUUGCAAUAUUAACUUUAUCUGGUAGAUAUUUUGAUGUAUCUCGUAUUGAACUGAUAUUUGGCUGGUAACUAUUAAUUACUAGAUACUGAUAAAAUUCUCCCCUAUUUACACAACAAAUCAUCUAGGAAGUAAUUGUGGUUCCUGGUUGUUAGACUUGUAUUUGUUACACGUCAUGAUCUAUGUUCAGUUUCUGUGGCAGAAUGCUUCGACUGCAUGUUCAUUGAGCAACGAGGGAAUGAGGUUCUGCCAGACCAACCUUACUCGUAGGUAACAUUCGUGGUUAUUCCACUAGACUUAACAUUCGACUGUCUGGCAGUUCCUUGACUAUUUUUACCGUAGUACUCGUAUCAUGUAACUGUAAGCGUUAAUUCUAACUGUGUAGAAAAUUACUGAAUGUGCUAGAUCCAUCCAUCUCAGCCGGCUAGUAGACGCCAAGCUGCACAGCGAGGUGUGGUGUUGACGACCAAACUUAUAUAAUUAAAUUGUAAAGAUAAAUUAAAGUCAUUUUAAAUAUAUGUCGUCUAGUAAAGUCCUUUCUUCCGUUUCUAUAAAAUGUGUAAAAUAAAUUAGUAAUCUAUUCUAUUUCGUUUUUAUUUAAAGCUCUACUUUUGAAGUUAUGUUUUAUUAAUAUGUAUUUAAAAGAAUGUUUAAAACAUUAGAAACAUUAAUAUCUGUAAGUAUGUUCCUAGAAUGUGCGUACGUUCCAGCACUGAUGAGUUAUGUAGAUAAACAGCUGGUACAGUUGGCUGAGUCCAUUGAGGAAUGAGAACAAUACGUGACAGUCCAUCCAGAGAUAUGUAAGAUGUUCAUAGUAGACUGUAGCAUAAUUUAUUAGUACUGAUACAACACCACACCUCGUAGCACUUGGGAACUAAAUAGUGAAUAUAAUUAUAAACAUAAUUGUUUUAAAACUGCCUACUACUAGACGCGAAUUUAUACUUAAAUAUAAAAUUCAUAAAAAUAGAUUUAUAACUGACAAUAAUGAUUGUUAACUGAUGUAUAAAAUGUUAUGGCGUAUGUGCGUUGAUUUUAUUUUGAUUAUGUCCAACAAAUCGUGAGUAGUUCAAGCGCCGAGUGGUCACCGUGUAACGCGCUGCUGAAGCACGGCUCCUGUCACCGUCGUCGACGGCACAACGGUCAUACAAGCAAGGAACGUUACUUUGCAGCUUCAUUAAGCGUUUCAUUUUAUAUAAGAACUUGGCGUGUGAACUACGUAUAGACACCAAAGGAUAUAAUAUAAUAGUUAGCUAAUUACAUAAAGGUUGGUGUAUAGCAAGUGAUACCUACUGUCUAACAGUAAUGUUUUUAUGUGUAAGUACGUACGGUAAAUUAAACAAUACAUACAUGUGUGUUACGCGUGCAUUGUAUAUGGCACAAUAUAGUGAAUACUGUUUAUAAAUAUAUAAUAUAUUUUAGAAAUAUUUGCACCUUUAGUAGUGAAAUAUUAAAAUGUAUAUCUGCAGAUUUUAGCUAGAAUAUUGUGGACACUGAAUGAGGUGUUAUAAAAACAUAUUUUGAAAAUUAUGUUUCAGUAGACGAAACAGAAAAUUAUUGUAAAAGUUUUUGAUUAGUUUUUGUCAAUUAUAUAUUUGUAAUCAAAUUAAAGUGUAGUUACUUUGAAUUGUUUAAAUCUAAGGAGGGUCAAUUACUUACUGAUUAUUUUUGAGAUAAGAUUCGCUUUGUUUUACUUGCUGUCUGUACCGAGCACUACAUGUACGACUAACGCUUAGAAUACUCUAUUUAAUUAUACAAUCAUCGGAACCGUUGGUACGCUUUCUCGAUUACCUAAUUCCGGAUCUUCAAUAUAAAUUAUAAUAUUUUUUGUAUAUAUUUAUUACAUUUUCUUGUUGAGUUAUUUAUUAGGGAACUCUCAAAACAACUCAAGUUAGUCCGAUUUUCUAUAUUCGGCAAUCAAAAUAUGAGCACGCCACUACGGACGAACAUUGAAGAAUACACGUUGCCUGAACUAAAUUUCGUAUAAAAUAUUUUGAAAAUCACGAUCAGAUAACAUAAUAGACGUACAUAAUAGAUGUUAAGAAAAAUAUGAGCUUCGUUUAGACUAACUGGCUUGUGUAACAAAGUGUUGUGUACAUUAACGAAAUAGAUAUCCAUUGUAAACAUUGUCACUCCUUGCAUCUCUUCAUACUUGUAGUUAGUUUUCGUCGUGUGUUAUAUUCAGUUGGAACAUCACCUGGUAUACUAACAUUGUUUUGGCUUCACUUUUGAUUAAUACGAUCUAAGCGCACAUAAAUCUGGUGACAGGGUUCAUUUAUUUUUGUCUACCAGCAGACGAGUUUUCAUUUACCAGUUAGAAAUUACAUCACUUCUAUUUUACGAAGGGAAAUUCGUCUGCUUAUUUACGUAUAUAAAAAUAUAUAGAUCGUUUUAUAGAGAAACUGUAUUGACAUAAAAACUUUUCACUUCACAGUUCGUACUGAAAGACACCAAUGUUUAAAAUUAAGAAAUUAAUUUUCAAUUUCUAAUGAAAUUGUGUAAAUAAGCAAUGAAGUCGAAUCUUAGUGUGUUUACGGUAUCGUAAGCGUGAAUCUAUACACCAAUAGAGAUUUUGUUCCUUUAGAUUUAAACUAUGAAGUAAUAAUUUGCGCCAAUUGCUGAACUUGAAAAUUUGUAUUGAACUUUGUGAAAUAACUGACAUACUCAGAUAUUAGAAUGAAAAUUCCAAGUUAGGAAGAGCUAGUGUUUCACACGGUUGAUAUAUUUUAAUAUUUUAGUAUAUACGUGCUUCCAAUAAAGCUUGCAAUGACGACGCUUUUUCGUAAUUCCUAAUAGCGCAGAAGCAUAGCGUGGAACCUAGGUUUAUUUAUUGAGCUAAGCAAAUAAGUUCCAGGGCCUAAAUAGCGACUGCGUUUUGACGGCAAUCCAUUUUUCAUUGAGUGUAAUUAAGCGCCGUGUUCAAAGUGUCGUAAUUUAUCGUAUAAGUAUUACUUUCAAUAUUCCUCGCAUCACUAACGGAAUGUUAUCAAAACGCAGCAUGGUGGAACUCCCUGAUGUUCAUCCUUAGAUAGAUUUUUUGUAAAUAUACAGCUUUAUAAAA